UGUGUAUUAGUGGUGGACAUAUGGAAAUGUUAUUUUAAAGGGAUGAGAGUUUUGAAAAAAAAUUCCUUUUACCUAGUUCCAAAUAAAAUAUUAGAGUGAAUUUAUGACAUGAAUGUCUGCCCGAUGUAGUGAAGAGCAUGGAUGUAAGACUCUCUCUGGCUAUAAUUUGAUAUAGUGUUUUCAUCUAGGCUAUGUUACAUUUAGACACUUGGGCUAUUAAAGCAUGAGAACAUGCGUUAAAUUUGAUGUUAUUCAUUUUAUUCAAAAAAUACCAGAGCUUUGCUUAUUACUCUCAAUCUACUCCUAGUACCCUGUUUUGUUGUAGUGUUGAUACAGUUUAUGUAGUUGGUGUGUUUUACCUCUUUUGUUGUUGAUCUAAUUGUUCUUGUUGUUGAUCUGAUUGUUAAUGUGAAUGCCCAUUUUCUUAUUAACAGUUGAAUCAUGAAAUUGUCAACUAGCAAGAUGAGUGGAGAGAAUUCAAAAAAAGCUGAGAAAAGAAUUAGGAAGGAGCGUGAAGCUAUAAUUGCUACGACAAUGGAUGA